AUGCAGACUUGCCAGAGUGCAUUGACCGCCCUCGAUCUUCUUCGGCUCAAUCUAACCGGUUCAGAUGACCAAUGUGUUCCGGUCCUUGGGGGGCGAGGGUGGCCUCAAGAAACCCAUCUUCGCACCCUGCUCUAUCUAUCUUUCACGACUCCGAAGGCCCAAGACGAUUCCCUUCUCUUUCGCCAGCAGCAGAUGAACUCUGCCGGAGUGAUCUCUCCUUGGAACCUCUCAACCGCUGCACAGUUAAAACCCAUCUCAACACCCACUAUAUUCAAUCCAUUACAAGGAAGGUCUCGUCAGAAAACUAUAUUUCUUGAAAAAAAUUUAGUUUCAUCACUGGACGCAAAGACAUUCACCUGGCAUGUCCAGAGGAGAAAGAUUGUCCUGGCAACAGAUAACAGCCAAUCUUCGACAGAGCCAAGCAUUUCAGAAUCUGGCAAUGCUCAAAUUGAAGUCAAUCAGGUUCCCUCAUCUCCAUCUAUUGUUCCACAAGAUGUAAACUUCAGGGAGCCAUAUUCUGCAAACUCGAAGGAUCCUGCUCCUAGAAGGCCUUCUUUGACAAUGAGAGAAAAGUUGAGGGCAGCACGAUUUCUAAGCAAAUACAUGGAUUCAAAGCCUGCCAAAGAAGAAUUUGGGAGUAGAGUGCUGGAGGCAUCAAGAGCUAGUGAUAGUGGUAAAAGGCGCCCAGGCCUACCAGAGGCUCCCACAAACCUAUUCGAUGAUAGCAAGCGUGGGUUGCCUCCACAAGGCUGGACAUUUGAGUUUCCAUUUCAGGGUGAUAUUUUCUUUAUCGUCUUCUCGUUUGUAUUCAUAAGUUCUGUCAUGCUUGCUACAACUUUUAUAGUCUGGAAGUCUGGAGCAAUACAUUUCAACGAAUACUAGAUGUGGGUUGGGAAUUUGAAAUCUUUCAAAAGCAAUUAUGUUUUGAUAGGUUUGUGUUGGGAAUGCUUGUAAAAUUUAAUGGAUUUUGUUAAUGAGAUUUUCGUUAAUUCAUGUCUA